AUGGUUGAGGCAGAGGCGCAGGAGGAAUCAGAGGCAGCGGCGCAGCAGAAGGAGGAGGGUGCGGCGCCAAAGAUGGUUGAGGCAAAGGCGCACAAGGAAUCAGAGGCUGCGGCGCAGCAGAAGGAGGAGGGUGCGGCGCCGAAGAUGGUUGAGGCACAGGCGCACAAGGAAUCAGAGGCAGUGGCGAGCCAGAAGGAUAAGGCAGCGGCGCUGCAUAUGGAGGAGGCAGACGCACAUAAGGAAGGAGAGGCGCGGAAUAAGGCAGAAGCAGCAGCGCGGCAGAAGGCGGAGGCAGAGGAGCAGAAAGAGGUUGCGGAAGAGGCGCUACAACUGGCUCGGGCAGAAGCGUGGAAGAAGGCUGUUGUAGAGGCGCGGCAGAAGGCUGAGGGUGAGGCGCAGAAGAUGGCAAAGGCCGAGGAGCAGAAGCAGGCUGAGGCAGACGCACGUAGGAAGCCAGAUGGAGAGGAGGGUUCAGAUGGGAAUAAAAUGAUACAGACAGAGGGACGGGAGACGGCGGGUGCUGAGGGGCACAUCAUCGCAAAGGAAGAGGGGCAGCAUGACGAGGAGGCAGCGUCGCAGGCUGGAGUGGGGCACUACGAGGGAGAUGCGCUGGAAACAGAAGAGGAGCAGAAUGAGGAGGAUACGGAACAUCCGGCAGUCCGGAUAUUUUUGGGAGGAAGUCUGACGCGGGGACCAGGAACCGGGGUAGAGGGGCCAUGGAGGGUGGCAGACGAUGGGGCACCUAGGGAUACAGUGGAUCUCAAAAGGCAGAGGCGGCCUACCCUUCACCAGAGAGCAGUGGAGAGGAAUCUCGACCAAGGCGGGGUGGCAGAAGCGUUUUCGUAG